CAUGCAUUUCAUAUAGUUGAAACUGCAUCAUCUAACCAACCCUCGUGAUUUAUUGGAAAGCUACAGGGUGUUUAGUGAGGACGGCUGAUAUGGAGGAUACAACGAGGUUUCUGUACAACACUUUGAUUUCACUGGUAACGCUUCUUGCUCAAGGUGCGGCAGGAGUGACCUGUUACAACCGGGCAGGUUCUGUCACAUGUCCUGUCAAGUGCUGUCCAGGCUCUGCCGCAGUGUCCUCUAUACUGGGCGUGUGCUGCAGUAGUACCGGCGGCAACAUACUCCACACAGCGGACAACAUAGCAGGGGCAGUCAGUAAAGGAUUAAGCACCAUCAUCAUUAUCAUAAUCGUCGUAGCCGUCAUCAUCGUCCUGGGUAUUGUCGGGUGCAUCGUAUGCUGUGUCUGUGGCUGUAACAAGCGGACCAACGGUGCAGUGGUGGCCCCUGCCAGUGGUCAGCCUCAAGUGACCGUUGUGUCUACCUCGGCCCCUGCCACUCAAGUACACCCAGGCCAGGAACAAGGCCCACCUUGACCAAGAAUCUUUGCCAAGCACUGUGAUUAACGUUCACAGCCAGUUUCUACACCUUCUGACUUUGUGCUGUGUGUGCAAUCAAGGCGGGACCCAACUCCGGCAUGCCUGUGUCUCACUCAACUGUGGAAGUACUUCCUUCAACUAUUUGUUUGUUGAUUCUGUUGAUUUAGAUUAUUCCAACGCUCUGUGUUUACAUAAAUGAAGCAGUGAUACACACAAUAUAGACGUUUUCAGAAAUAAGCCUGGGGGUGGCUGGUAUAUCCCUUCACACCUCCAACUCCAAACUUACACAAUACACACAUCUGUCAACGUAUCACGACUAUAUUUAUGCACUUUAUUUUUUGUUGUACCCCAAAAAUGUGAUUCGAAUAAUAGUUCGAUUUCUAUUUAAACUCUCGUGCAAAGGACACUGUGUACCCAUACUGUAACCGUGUCAACCCUGAAACAAACAAGUCGGGUGUGUUCAAGGAUGACGUAUCCCAUAUGAGUGGGACACAAGUGCGUGGACCUUAAGAUACAGCGUUUCGGGGCAUUUGGAUAAGGUUUGAAAUUGUAUGGUCGGUUUGCACGUGUAUGCUUUCCUUGGCACAGUGGUUUCUAUGUUCAAAAGGUGACGGGCUUCUAUCUUCAGCAAAUGUUUAUCUGGUCAGUGGCUGGGUCGGAUGUUUUCACGACAUUAUUUAUCCGUUACGCAAAACGAAACAUAUACUCGUGGAAACGAAUAAGGGAACACAUGAAAGUACAAGUGUUCCUAUAUUCUUUUCCAGGUUUUAGUCGGCAUCGUUCAGCAGAGAUUUUGUAUGAAAAGGAA